CAAAGGCCUGUUGAUCUCAUUUCUGCCUUUUUUGUCCUUCUGUCAAAAACUCAAGGCUUCAAUCAUUCUCAGCUCUGCAAUUUUUCUGGGUUUUUCUUGGCGAGUUCUUCAUUUUCUUUCUGCUGAUUCUUCUCAGUUUUUCAAUCUUUGAACAUCGCUUUCAAAUGGGUUUAUUGUAAAUCAAACGCUUAUGGUUAUUUUAGUUUUGACCCAAUUCAUUAUUUUUUUCUUGAAUAUGAUGCUGUUAAAAUGUUGUUCUGACUUUUGUCAAAAAACUCCCAAGGUUUAUGCUGAUUCUUCUCAGUUUUUUACUCUUUGAAGAUCUCUAUCAAAUGGGUUUACUGUAAAUAAUCCAUAUGGGUAUUUAGUUUUGAUCAAAUUUCUUGUUUCUUGAAGAUGAUACUGUUGAAAUGAUGUUUUCAACUGGAGUUUUGCUUAUUUUUAUUUCAGGUGAAGCUUUUUUUUUUUAGUGGUAUUUCAUGGCAGUGAAGAGAAAUGGAUUUGUUGAGGGUAGUUUACCGGAGGAAUUAAUGAAGUUACUUUUGUCAUUGGCUUCGAAUUGGGGGGAUGUUAUUGAUAUGGACAAGUUGAAAGUGAUCCACUUAAGUGGUGCUAUGACUAAUGACGUUUAUCAAAUAAGCUGGCCUACAAAGAGAGAAGAUGACAUUCGGACCGUUUUAGUUCGUAUUUAUGGAGAAGGUGUUGACCUUUUCUUUAACCGGGACGAUGAGAUUCAAACUUUCGAGUGCAUAUCGAAGCACGGCCAUGGACCGAGGCUUCUCGGGCAGUUCCCGGAGGGUCGGGUUGAGGAGUUCAUCCAUGCCAGGACUCUAUCAGCAGGUGACCUUCGUGAUCCAGUAAUAUCGGCUCUGAUAGCAGCUAAAAUGAAAGAAUUUCAUAAUCUUGAAAUGCCUGGUUCAAAGAAUGUUGUCCUCUGGUACAGAAUGAGAAAAUGGCUUAAUGAGGCCAAAUGUUUGAGCUCACCUGAACAUGCAAAGGAAUUUGGCUUGGAUAUGAUGGCAGAAGAAAUCGAUACACUGGAAGAGGAGUUGUCGCAUGACAAUCAAGAAAUCGUGUUUGGUCACAAUGAUCUGCAAUAUGGUAACAUAAUGAUCGACGAAAAGACAAGUUCCAUCACUCUAAUUGAUUAUGAGUAUGCUAGUUACAAUCCUAUUGCCUAUGACCUUGCAAACCAUUUCUGUGAGAUGGUAGCCAAUUAUCACACUGACACACCUCAUAUUUUAGACUAUGGCAUAUAUCCAGGUGCCGAAGAGCGCCACAGAUUUGUGCGCAGGUAUCUCAGUUCUUCAGGCAAUGAACCAAGUGAAACUGAAGUAGAGCAGCUGGCCAAUGAUGCAGAGAAGUACACUCUUGCCAACCAUUUGUUUUGGGGCUUAUGGGGUAUUAUCUCGGCGUAUGUGAACCAUAUUGACUUUGAUUAUUUGGAGUAUGCUAGACAGAGGUUUCAUCAGUACUGGUUGAGAAAAUCCAUUUUAUUGGGUACUCUCAGAAGUCUUCCUUGA